GAGUGUUAUUUGACAAUAAUGAAGAUCAAUCAAUCCCUCUCAAACUCUUCUCACCACCACUAGUUUCUUGGUCUCUCGAACAUUCCCUCUUCUCUUUAUUUUUGAUUCCUUGUGGUUGGUUUCUCAGUUGCGUGUUCUUGCCUCGCGCCUGCCUUCAGAUUCAGAUUUCAGAAUUGAAGCAAAAAGAAAGUUGAUUCACCGAGAUAAAUGAAUUGAUCUUCCUUUUGUGACUAAACUUGGUUUACUUUUUGACUCGGUGGGGAAAAAAAUGGCGACUGGGGUAUUGCCAGCUCCGUUCUCCGGGGUCAACAUCUCGGAUUCGAAACUCGGGUUUGGUAAAAGCAUGAAUAUUGUGAGGAGCUUAAGAUCUGCUAGGAGAAGAGUUUCAGUGAUCCGGAGUUCGAAUCAAGGCUCUGAUCUAGCCGAGCUUCAACCUGCUUCAGAAGGAAGCCCUCUCCUAGUGCCAAGACAGAAGUACUGCGAGUCAUUGCAUAAGACGGUGAGAAGGAAGACUCGUACUGUCAUGGUUGGAGACGUUGCCCUUGGCAGCGAACAUCCCAUAAGGAUCCAAACCAUGACUACAUCCGAUACAAAGGAUAUUGCUGCAACCGUUGAAGAGGUUAUGAGAAUAGCUGAUAAAGGAGCUGACAUUGUGAGGAUCACUGUUCAAGGGAAGAAAGAGGCAGACGCAUGCUUUGAAAUCAAAGACAAACUUGUUCAGCUUAAUUAUAACAUCCCCCUUGUGGCGGACAUUCAUUUUGCUCCUUCUGUAGCCUUGCGUGUAGCUGAAUGCUUUGACAAGAUCCGCGUCAACCCCGGAAACUUUGCGGACAGACGGGCCCAGUUUGAGACGAUAGAGUACACAGAAGAUGAAUACCAGAAAGAACUUCAGCAUAUCGAGCAGGUCUUCACUCCUUUAGUUGAGAAAUGCAAAGAGUAUGGGAGGGCAAUGCGUAUAGGGACAAAUCACGGAAGUCUUUCUGACCGCAUCAUGAGCUAUUAUGGUGACUCUCCACGAGGAAUGGUUGAAUCAGCGUUUGAGUUUGCACGGAUAUGUCGGAAACUAGACUACCACAACUUCGUUUUCUCGAUGAAAGCUAGCAACCCGGUGAUCAUGGUCCAGGCCUACCGUUUGCUCGUGGCGGAGAUGUAUGUUCAUGGAUGGGAUUAUCCUCUGCAUUUGGGAGUCACUGAAGCAGGUGAAGGUGAAGACGGACGGAUGAAAUCUGCUAUUGGGAUUGGAACGCUUCUUCAGGAUGGACUAGGUGACACAAUAAGAGUUUCGCUGACUGAGCCACCAGAAGAGGAGAUUGAUCCGUGUAAGCGAUUGGCCAACCUCGGAACAAAUGCUGCUGAGCUUCAACAAGGCGUUGCACCGUUUGAAGAGAAGCAUAGGCAUUACUUUGAUUUUCAGCGUAGGACUGGUGAUCUACCUGUUCAGAAAGAGGGAGAAGAGGUUGAUUACAGAAACGUACUUCACCGUGAUGGUUCUGUUCUGAUGACGGUUUCUCUAGAUCAACUAAAGGCACCUGAACUCCUCUACAGAUCGCUUGCUACAAAGCUUGUCGUUGGCAUGCCAUUCAAGGAUCUGGCAACGGUUGAUUCCAUCUUACUUAGAGAGCUACCACCUGUGGAUGAUCACGUGGCUCGUUUGGCUCUUAAACGGUUGAUCGAUGUAAGUAUGGGAGUCAUAGCACCUUUAUCAGAGCAGCUCACAAAGCCAUUGCCCAAUGCAAUGGUUCUUGUCAACCUGAAGGAACUAUCUGGUGGUGCUUACAAGCUUCUCCCUGAAGGUACACGCUUGGUUGUCUCUGUACGAGGUGAUGAGCCAUACGAGGAGCUUGAAGUACUCAAGAACAUCGAUGCUACGAUGAUUCUACAUGAUGUACCCUUCAAUGAAGACAAUGUUAGCAGAGUACAUGCAGCUCGGAGACUAUUCGAGUUCCUAUCCGAGAAUUCAGUUAAUUUUCCCGUCAUUCACCACAUUAACUUCCCAACAGGGAUUCACAGGGACGAGUUGGUGAUCCACGCAGGGACAUACGCUGGGGCACUUCUAGUGGAUGGACUUGGAGAUGGUGUAAUGCUAGAAGCACCUGAUCAAGACUUCGAGUUUCUUAGGAACACUUCUUUCAACUUGUUACAAGGCUGCAGGAUGCGUAACACCAAGACGGAAUACGUAUCGUGCCCGUCUUGUGGAAGAACUCUGUUCGACUUGCAAGAAAUCAGCGCUGAGAUCAGAGAAAAGACUUCGCAUUUGCCUGGCGUUUCGAUUGCAAUAAUGGGUUGCAUUGUGAAUGGACCUGGCGAAAUGGCUGAUGCUGAUUUCGGUUAUGUAGGCGGUUCUCCCGGGAAAAUCGACCUUUACGUUGGAAAGACGGUGGUCAAGCGUGGGAUUGCCAUGUCGGAGGCAACUGAUGCUCUGAUCGGUCUGAUCAAAGAACAUGGUCGUUGGGUCGACCCACCGGUUGCUGAUGAGUAGAUUCAUUGUUAGUUCCAAUGGCAAAGAUGGAUAAAUGGAUCGUUAUUUUCUGAAAUUUGAGAGGGAAAGAAGAAGAUAGUAUGUGUAUGUAUGUAUGUAUGUAUAUACAUAUACCUAUUUGUUGUGUAAUGCAUCAUAUUAAACAGUGGCCAAAUCUUCUCUAA